GUAGGGAGUUUCUGCUAGGGUCUGGAUUGGAGUUACGCAUAGACCGGACCCUGCCCUGUAUGAGUGCCGUCUGAGGAGGAAAAAGAGGAUUCCCUUUGCCACAAAGAAUCUACAUGUCUAAUAUUUAGACAUGUUCAGCUUUGUGGAUAUUCGGUUAGCGCUGCUGCUCAGCGCAGCGGUGCUCCUGGUGAGGGCUCAAGGCGAGGAUGAUAGCCCAUUUUCCAGCUGCACAUUAGACGGCCAGUUGUACAACGACAAGGAUGUAUGGAAACCAGAACCCUGCCAGAUCUGCAUUUGCGACAAAGGGAGCAUCAUGUGCGACGAGGUGAUCUGCGAGGACUCGACUGACUGUGAAGAUCCUUACAUCCCAGAGGGAGAGUGCUGCCCCGUCUGCGGCGACGCCGACGUGCCUCAGUACACAGACCAGGAGACCGAGACCGAGUCCGAGAUACCAAAAGGACCCACUGGCCCCAGAGGAGAUCCGGGUGCUCCUGGUCUUCCCGGCAAUGAUGGAAUCCCUGGACAGCCUGGCUUCCCCGGCCCACCCGGCCCCCCUGGACCCCCUGGCCUUGGCGGAAACUUCUCUCCUCAAAUGAGCUACACCGACCACUCAAAAUCCAGCGGUAUCUCUGUCCCUGGCCCCAUGGGUCCUAUGGGUGCUCGUGGUCCUCCUGGACCUUCUGGCUACUCUGGACCUCAGGGUAUUCCUGGACCAGCUGGAGAGCCUGGAGAGCCUGGAGCUUCUGGUCCUAUGGGUCCUCGUGGUCUUGUUGGUCCUCCUGGCAAGAACGGAGAUGAUGGUGAGCCCGGCAAAGCUGGACGCCCCGGUGAGCGCGGAGCUGCAGGUCCUCAGGGAGCUCGUGGGUUCCCUGGAACUCCAGGACUCCCCGGCAUCAAGGGACACAGAGGUUUCAAUGGUCUGGAUGGAGCCAAGGGAGACGCCGGCCCUGCUGGUCCCAAGGGAGAGAAUGGCGGCAACGGUGAGAACGGCACCCCCGGAGCCAUGGGAGCUCGUGGUCUUCCUGGCGAGAGAGGCCGCCCUGGACCUUCUGGACCUUCUGGCGCUCGUGGUAACGAUGGCAACACUGGUCCUGCUGGUCCUCCUGGACCUACCGGAUCUGCUGGUCCCCCUGGAUUCCCCGGUGGUGCUGGUGCUAAGGGUGAGACCGGUCCUGCAGGAGGCCGUGGGUCAGAGGGACCCCAGGGAGCCCGUGGUGAGCCUGGUAACCCUGGACCUUCUGGACCUGCUGGACCUGCUGGUACUCCUGGAUCUGAUGGUCAGGCUGGCGCUAAGGGCUCUCCUGGUGCUGCUGGUAUUGCUGGUGCUCCUGGUUUCCCUGGUGCUCGUGGUCCUGCUGGAGCUCAGGGAGCUGUUGGCGCUCCUGGUCCCAAGGGUAACAACGGUGAUCCUGGACCCUCUGGUUCUAAGGGCGAGUCUGGUGUCAAGGGUGAACCUGGCCCCGCUGGAAUUCAAGGACUUCCUGGCCCCUCUGGAGAGGAAGGAAAGAGAGGACCCCGUGGAGAGCCCGGUGGUGCUGGACCCCGUGGACCUCCUGGAGAGCGUGGUGGUCCUGGCGCUCGUGGUUUCCCUGGUGCUGAUGGAGCUGCUGGUGGAAAGGGCGGCCCUGGCGAGCGUGGUGCCACCGGACCAAUGGGAGCUCAAGGAGCCACCGGUGAGUCUGGAAGCCCUGGUGGUCCUGGUGCUCCUGGAUCCAAGGGUAUGACUGGUAGCCCUGGAAGCCCUGGCCCUGACGGCAAAGUUGGACCUGCUGGUGCUCCUGGACAAGAUGGCCGCCCUGGACCUCCUGGCCCCUCCGGAUCCAGAGGACAGCCUGGUGUCAUGGGAUUCCCAGGACCCAAGGGAGCCGCUGGUGAGGGUGGUAAGCCUGGCGAGAGAGGACCUGCUGGUGCUUCUGGCUCUGUUGGUGCUCCUGGCAAAGACGGUGACGUUGGUGCUCCUGGACCUUCUGGUCCCGCUGGACCUGCUGGAGAGAAGGGAGAACAGGGACCUGCUGGUGCUCCUGGAUUCCAGGGACUUCCUGGACCCCAAGGAGCUACUGGUGAGACUGGCAAGCCUGGUGAGCAGGGUGUUCCUGGUGAGGCUGGACCUCCUGGCUCAGCUGGACCCAGAGGUGACAGAGGCUUCCCCGGUGAGCGUGGUGGAAACGGCGCCGCCGGUCCAACUGGACCUCGUGGUUCUCCUGGACCUUCUGGUAACGAUGGACCCAAGGGAGAGCCUGGUGCCGCUGGUGCCCCCGGUGGUGUGGGACCCCCUGGUAUGCAGGGAAUGCCCGGUGAGAGGGGAGCUGGUGGUUUGCCUGGCACCAAGGGAGAAAGAGGAGACGCAGGUACGAAGGGAGCUGAUGGCGUCGCUGGAAAAGAUGGCGCUCGUGGUUUGACUGGUGCUAUUGGUGUCCCUGGACCUACUGGUGCUCAGGGUGAGAAGGGUGAGUCUGGUCCUGCUGGAGUUGUUGGACCCUCUGGAUCUCGUGGUGCCCCUGGCGAGCGUGGAGAGACCGGACCUGCUGGACCCGCUGGAUUUGCUGGACCUCCUGGUGCUGAUGGUCAGCCUGGUUCCAAGGGAGAGAGUGGUGACUCUGGACCCAAGGGAGAUGCUGGUGCUCCUGGACCUUCUGGACCUGUUGGAGCUGCUGGUCCUCAGGGACCUGCUGGCCCAUCUGGACCUAAAGGUGCUCGUGGUGGUGUUGGAUCCCCUGGUGCUACUGGUUUCCCCGGACCUGCCGGCAGAGUUGGACCCCCUGGCCCCUCCGGAACUGCUGGACCCCCUGGACCCGUUGGACCUGUUGGAAAGGAUGGAGCAAGAGGAGCCCGUGGUGAGACUGGCCCUGCUGGUCGCCCUGGUGAGGCCGGUGCUGGUGGACCCCCAGGACCCUCUGGAGAGAGGGGCUCUGCUGGUUCUGAUGGAGCUGCUGGUGCCCCUGGUCUCCCUGGACCCCAAGGUAUUGCUGGACAGCGUGGUAUUGUAGGUCUCCCUGGACAACGUGGAGAGCGUGGUUUCUCUGGUCUUCCCGGACCAGCUGGUGAGCCUGGAAAGCAGGGACCUUCUGGCCUUGUUGGUGAGCGUGGACCCCCUGGACCUGCUGGACCCCCCGGUCUGAGUGGUGCUCCCGGAGAGGCUGGCCGUGAGGGAUCUCAAGGACAUGAUGGUGCCCCUGGUCGCGAUGGAUCUCCUGGCCCUAAGGGAGACCGUGGUGAGAGUGGUGCGUCUGGACCCCCUGGAGCUCCUGGUGCUCCUGGAGCCCCUGGAGCUGUUGGCCCCUCUGGCAAGACUGGCGACCGCGGAGAGAGUGGUCCUGCUGGUUCUUCCGGUCCUGCUGGCAUCGCCGGACCCCGUGGUCCUGCUGGCCCUGCUGGAGCUAGGGGAGACAGAGGAGAGGCCGGUGAGGCCGGAGAGAGAGGUCACAAGGGACACAGAGGACUCAGUGGCCAGCCUGGCAUGCCUGGACCUCCUGGACCUUCUGGAGAGAGAGGACCCGCUGGUGCUUCAGGACCUGCUGGACCCAGAGGACCUUCUGGAAACAGCGGUGCCGUUGGUAAGGAUGGAGUGAAUGGUCUGCCCGGACCAAUUGGACCCCCUGGACCUCGUGGUCGCAAUGGAGAGAUGGGACCUGCUGGUCCUGCUGGAUCUCCUGGACUCCCCGGACCUCCUGGACCUCCCGGCAGUGGAUUUGAGUUAAUCAGCCAGCCCUUGCAGGAGAAGGGUCCCGAUCCCCUCCGUGGUGGCUACCGCGCUGAUGACCCCAACAUGAUGCGCGAUCGUGACAUGGAGGUAGACACCACUCUGAAGACCCUGACCCAGAAGGUUGAGAAUAUUCGCAGCCCAGACGGUUCCCAGAAGAGCCCUGCUCGCAUGUGCCGUGACCUGAGGAUGUGCCACCCUGAGUGGAAGAGUGGCAUGUACUGGGUUGACCCCAACCAGGGCUCUUCUCUGGACGCCAUCAAGGUCCACUGCAACAUGGAGACUGGUGAGACUUGUGUCUACCCAUCUGAAACCAUCAUCCCCAUGAAGAACUGGUACCUCAGCAAGAACAUCAGAGAGAAGAAGCACGUCUGGUUCAGCGAGUCCAUGACUGGUGGAUCCCAGUUCCAGUAUGGCAGCAAUGAGGCUGAUCCCGAGGACGUCAACAUCCAGAUUUCCUUCAUGCGCCUGAUGUCCAACCAGGCUUCACAGAACAUCACAUAUCACUGCAAGAACAGCAUUGCCUACAUGGAUUCUACCACCGGCAACCUGAAGAAGGCCCUGCUCCUUCAGGGCUCCAACGAUAUCGAGAUCAGAGCCGAGGGCAACAGCCGCUUCACAUACAGCGUCAGCGAGGAUGGCUGCACGUCACACACUGGCUCAUGGGGCAAGACAGUCAUCGAUUAUAAGACAACGAAAACAACCAGACUGCCCAUCAUUGACAUUGCUCCUAUGGAUGUUGGUGCACCUGAUCAGGAAUUUGGCGUCGAAGUUGGCCCAGUUUGCUUCUUGUAAAAAUGAAAGAAACAUGGACAUGACAUUGUUGUUUUUUUUCUAGCAGUCGUCUCUAAACCCUUUUUUCCUCCUCCUUUGCAAUCAAAACUCAUUUGGCUGCCAUUGGUCCACAUGCUUAAAACCACUCUGCUGAAGACGGUGUUUGUGUUUUUCCAGUCAUGCUAAGUUUUUUUGGGGACUGCUACUUUAACUGAACCACAUGGACACUUUAAAAAAGAAAGAAUAUUUUGUUUCCACUGGCAACUAGAAAAUAAUGUAAACUGGUUUAAAAUUUCCCCAUGGACAUUGUGAAAGAGAAAUAUCAGGUGACUUUUGCCAUUUUCAACCACUGCAGAAGGACAUUGAAAACAACGAAUGAUAUGUACCAUUUUUCUGGUGUUAAAUAAAUUGUAAAAAGUGA